AUUAAGUGUGAGUAAAAGGUGUCCACUUUUUUUUAAGUUUCGAUUUUAGUUUUGUCUUGGAUAGUAUUUGGCAAGAUUUAGCCUAGAAAUUAUGUAGUAUUUAUUACAUGAGAAUCAAAAUUGCUUUGUUACGGGGCUGGUUUCAAAAUUUAGAACUCAUUUCUAUGUAUCAAAAUCGUUUUUUGUUUUUGUUUUUUGGGUUUUUUGUUUUUUGGUUUUUUUUUUUUUUUUUUUAAUUCUUAAAUGGUAAAUGUACCAUUGUGAAAUGAAAUUUCAACUCCAAAAGUUUACCCUUUUACUAACUGGAGUAAAUGAAUAAUUACAAAGUCUUUAGUUGAGCCAUCACUUGUGGGGGAAAAAAAAAAAAGAAAAAAAGAAAAAGAAACCAGGCUGCAUAAGCAAGCCUUUUGCAGGGCCAAUAUUGAAUGUCAUGCCAGUGACACUGGAAGAAAAAGUCUUCCCUUAGAUAGAAGCUUUCUGUAUUUUGACAGCGCCAGUUCAGGAUGGCUAUAAUGCUGCUCUGCCUUCUACAGCUUGCUGCACCACUCUGUAGUUACUCGAUAACUAUACGUUUCUAUCUUUUUUGGUUAAACACUCCCUGAGAUGAUAAUGAUGUACAUACAUCCGUAUUAUACACAUUGAUUCAUGUGUAAGGCUUUCCCUUCAUGUUUCUUCUAUGGGCUGGGCAAAAUUUAGUGUAACCUACCGAUACACGUCAUGAUACUUUGGUAUAAGAGUAAGUUCACUAUUUUUAUAAUGAACCCAAAUCUGAAGGCUUUUGUAGUGUGUUUUAAAAGGGAAAACUUACCCAGAUGUUUUAUUUCUACACAUUUGUGUAUAUGUGUGUGUGUGUGUAUAAGCCAGUUAGUAUAUAUGUAUAUGUAUAUUAUAUACAUAAAACACUUUAUAUUUUUUCAUACAAGUAUGUAUGCUUUUAUUAUACAGAUAAUAAAGAUGGGGGAAGGUUUCUGUUUUUUUCUUAAUAGGUGA